CCCUCUACAGGGACGUCAUGCAGGAGACCUAUGAGAUGGUGACCUCGCUGGGAUUUCCCCUUGCCAAACCUGAGCUUAUCGUCUGCCUGGAGCAAGGGGAAGAGCCGUGGGUGCCGGAUCUCCAGGCCUGCGAGGAAAGAUGGCUUCCGAGAUGCCCCCAUACAGCAGGUGCUGAGCGAGGGAAUGAGAAUGAGGAGGAGAAUCAUCAUCAGGAAGUUCCUGGAGAAGUGCAACCCCAGGCGACCUUUGUGGGAGGAGCUGAAGGGAAAUGUUUCAGUCCAAAGUCAGCACUAAAGUCACUUAAGAAAAGCCACACAGGAGAAAGGCCCCAUAAGUGCUUGGACUGUGGGAAAAGUUUCAUGCAAAGGUCACACCUUGUUCGACAUCAGGCAAUCCACACAGGAGAGAGACCCCACAAGUGCUUGGACUGUGGGAAAAGUUUCAUAAAAAGGUCAAACCUUGUUCGACAUAAGGCAAUCCACACAGGAGAGAGACCCCACAAGUGCUUGGACUGUGGAAAAAGUUUCAUACGAAGGUCAGAAUUUGUUUAUCAUCAGGCAGUCCACACAGGAGAGAGACCCCAUAAAUGCUUGGACUGUGGGAAAAGUUUCAUGCAGAGGUCACACCCUGUUCAACAUCUGGCAAUCCACACUGGAGCGAGACCCCACAAGUGCUUGGACUGUGGGAAAAGAUUCAAACACAGGUCACACCUUGUUCAACAUCAGGCAAUUCACACAGGAGAUAGACCCCACAAGUGCUUGGACUGUGGGAAAAGAUUCAAACACAGGUCCCACCUUGUUCAACAUCAGGCAAUUCACACAGGAGAUAGACCCCACAAGUGCUUGGACUGUGGGAAAAGUUUCAUACCUAGGUCAGAACUUGUUAAACAUCAGGCAGUCCACACAGGAGAGAGACCCCACAAGUGCUUAGACUGUGGGAAAAUUUUCACACAUAGGUCGGCACUUGUUAAUCAUCAGUCAGUCCACACAGGAGAGAGACCCCACAAGUGCUUGGACUGUGGGAAAAGUUUCAAAAAGAAGGUCAAGCCUUGUUUCAACAUCAGAGAUGUGAGAUACCGUUGGGAGGGGGAGAAGUUGGGGGAACAGAGCUGGGAAACUGUUGGGUUUGCUCCUCCGAGCCUUACAGCCGAGGCUGAGAACUGUGAACUCGCUGCACCGGUACCAGAGAGGGAGGGACUCAACUUGGACUGGCUGAGUCGUGUGAAGCUGCCCCUGAACUCUAAAGGUCCAUGA